CGACGCAAGCGGCAGGUGCGGCUCCCCACAGGGCUGCUUGCGGUAUUGCCUGCGGCGGCCGAACACUGGUGGGAACAGGCCUGGUGCUUGGCGAACGCAAAUGCAGUGCUUUGCAGCUUCCGCAUGUGGCAGAGGAGCGAUUACGGCGCCCCUGUUCCCUGGCGAGGGAUUCGGAGCCCCUUGAAGGCGGGGGACUGCGAGUUCGCAUGAGGUGCGUCGCCCGUAUAAGACGAGGCGAGUGGGCUCUUUCAGUAGCUCGAACGAGAUAUGGUGGUGAUGGAACAACACAACUGCGAAGGAGAUAUUCAUCUCCUUGUGGCUGCCAUGGUGGGAAGCCCUUCUGAGGAUACACCCGUGGACAAACCAGAGGAUCCAGCUCCUCCUCCACCACCGCCUGCCACUUCCCAGCCGCAGGUGGCGAGCUUCUUGGCCAAGAGGUUCAAGAAGGGGCUUGCAGUGCGGGUGAGGAUCAAACGUGAUCCCUCCCCCGAUGAUGGCGACGACGUCCUCAUCAAUCGCAGGAAGGCUUUUCGGCGCAGCCUGUUCCGUUCUCGACCCGGCAUGGCGAACCCCUCGACAGGAGAAGGCUACUUGAGGCAAAUGGCUCGUCUCCCGCCUCCUCUUCCCCCUCUUCCUCCUUCUCCUCCUCCUCAACCCGUCGAGCUUGUGUCCCGCGAAUGCCAGACGAGGCCCUUGGCUAUACCCAAGAUUCCAGUGGCCAGUCGCACGUUUCCCGCUCCGUGGAGGAGGAGGAUCUAUAUGCCUAUCUCUCUGCCCACCGAGGACGCUCUCCCUUACGCCGACGACUCAGUACCAGAGAUCAUGUCUUCUGAGAGGAUCCUUGAAGGCAUGGCCGUUGUGGAAGACUGCCCUCGUAGUCAGAGCCGUACAGUGGCUACCAACACAGUCUCCAUUGGGCGGAGGGUAAGCAGGCCUCGAAGACCAAGGCGCAGGUACCUUUCGCGCGUCGGAGGAGUGGCUCCGAUCUGCCAGCAAAUCCCCCCAAACAGGUCCAGAAGAUAUGUCAGAACUCACAAAAUAAAAUAG